AUGGGAACCAGAUGUUUAAAUGCUAUUCCAGCAGCUGAGUUUGUUGAUUCUCAACCUAAAUCAACAAAUCGUUUUAUAAGUGUUUUUGUUUAUCAUUCAACAUCUCGUACUCUUCAUGUUGAUGAUACAAUAAUGUAUGCUGAAAAGUCUAGUUUUUUACUUAAAUUAUUUGGUUAUAAAGAUGAUGCAAUGGGAUUUCUUCCAUCAAUUAAAAGUUCUGGUCUUUAUCUAACAAGUGAUGUACCAUAUUUAUUUCGUGAUUGGAUGCGUAAAUUGCUACACAAUUGGCCUUUUGAAAAUAUUUGUUGUGCAUAUUUGGGUGUUAAAAUGGGUGAAGCACAUGCUGAUGUUACUACAUUACUUAAUAAUGCUGAACCUUUAUUUGCUAAACUUAGUGAGAAAGAUCGAAAAAAAAAUCCUAGAGACGAAAUAUCACCUAGUAAUCAUUCGAAUAUGAAUGUUAGUGGUAAUGAAUGUGGAUCAUUAUACGUAUCUCUGGUUUUUCUGUAA